UUUCGGGUUCAGUAUCUUGGUCGGUGUGUUUGGCUCGGCAGGAUAUAGUGUCACCGGCUAUGCAGGGGCCUUUCUUGUCUCCGUAUUGCAUGGUAGUGCUUUGUCUUGUGUAUGGCCGGAUGAUUGUUGGAGUGUCUCACCGAUAUUCACUGUGAAGAUACCAUACUGCCAAUAUUUGAUAUAUAAUGCAGCAAUCGAGACCAGAGAUACCCGAACCUGAAUUACAGGAACUCUUAUGUGUGCUACUUUUUAGGUACGAAACAUUAUUGCCGAUGAUGGAUGACAGGAUGAUUUCCCAGUUACUCAAAUCAUUUAUUUUUAAAUGUAUAUAUAUAAAACUACAAAAGGUCCCUCAGCAACAGGUGCUGUGGUCUAGUGGUAUGACGUCACGUUGUGGCCGUGCCAGCCCCGGUUCGAUUCCGGGCAGCGCCACUUCUUUUUCUUUUCUUUUUUUCCCUUCUUCUACUUCUCAAUAUUUUAGAUACAACCGAGCUGUCGACAGGGGUUCGAACACUAAACAACCCGCGCGGACAACCCGACAUCGGAUUUCUGCCCUCAGUGAACCGUUCCCAAAGUCAGAUCACCCGCUUCUUCUCAUUUGGGCCUGUGAUCUUGUGCACCACUGGCCUGCCCUGUUUCCUCGAUGCAGGUAAUCUUAGGACACAACAAUAUUCAUCCACCAACCAAUCUAUCCCCUAUGCGCCAACCUCUAGGCUGCAAUGUCUUAUAUCCCAAUUCGGGAUCCUGCAUAAACACUACUGCACCUGAGCAGUCCUCACUGAUUGCC